AUGGUACCAGACAAUAUGUUACUUGAGCCUCCAUUUGAAGGUGCAUGCCUUUAUCCGAAAAAACCUGAACGUCGUUGGUAUAACAAGAAACGAUUCAUCAUUCCAGUCAGCAUAUUGGCAGCUAUGUUAAUCCUAGCAGUUAUUCUCGGUUCUGUUUUGGGAUCAAGAUCUCCUAACUAUGCGCCAGGUAUGCAUUUUGAUUUUCUUUUCAACUCAAUAAUGACGGAUGGUUAA